AUUUCGGUUCUCAGAAUUCCUAAUUUACUGCAAUGACUGCAUGACGCCAACAGCGCUCAGGCAUAGUUUCACCGUCAUUACAACACUUGCGCAUGCACGAAGUGAACAGAACCAUUAUCAAGUCACAGUUGAAUUUACAGAAGAAAUUUUCUCGCAUCCACUGAGGGGAGUUAAAAUUGAAGUAUACGUACAAAAAUGUAAGUUAUGUAUUACAUUGUACAUAUACUUUUGUAUGAUAUUGGUAAAUACUAGCUGUCUAGCUUUCCCUUCCGAUUUACACUGUACAUAUAAUCGUUGUUGUAUGCAACCUGUUUACAACUUGAGUCGUACUGUGUAAAUCUACGACAAGGUAAAGCGAGUUGUUUGCUUGAUUUUACAAAGUAAACGGGUUGCAUGCGACAGAUUUAGGCAGUGUAGUGGAAAUCGUCAUUGACAUUGUUGUCAACGCGCUUCUAACUUUGCAAUAUUGGAAGAAAUGUAUACUGGCUUUUUUACCGCAUGAGGGCCUCUAGUCUUAAUCUAGUGUGUUGAAGAAUGUCGUGUUCAUAUAAUAAUCAGUUCGAAAUAACUGUUUCAACAAAAGGAUGAAAGAAAUUGUUUAGAUGUAUGACUAGAUGAAAUAAAAUAUAUACAGACUAUAUAUAUAUAUUACAAGCAAGAGGUAUAGAUAUGCAAAUGAUAUUCGGCAACAAGAGCGGGUGCUUCAGCUAUAACGAUGCCUUGCAUUGGAAUAACCUUCCCCAUGACUCAUGAGGCAAAAAUCGCUGAAUCCUCAUUGUAAAAGCUCUUUCAAAUCGAUAUUAAAACAAAGAAUGAGUUGAAACUUGCUCGUGUAUGAUCGUGCAUUAAAAAUUACCGUAUUUUCUUGUUCCCGUUUCCUGCUAUUUUAUCUUUUUUCAUAUUUCUUUAUAUUUUGUGAACAUAGUUAAUUCUAUAUCUCACGCCCCUCAUGGAAAUCAUCUUCCUAACGAGUAACGCCUAACGGUUGUCGAGGGAGGCUAGCGUGGUUAAAUAAUGUUUGUGUGAAUGUGUAUGUAUGUUAGCAUAGCAUAAUCUUUGUUGACGUUUUUGUGCUUUAGUGCAUGGCUAAGAAUUCGAACUAUUAAAACUAUCACAGCUUGAAGUGCAUUGUGUAUAUGAAAUUGCGUAUCAUUAAUUCUAUAUUUGACAUAAUUUUAAAGAUAAGCCUGAAACAUUUGAAGCUGAUCACGAAUGUACGUUUACGUUUUCUUUAUAUACGUUUCCCUCGACAACAGGAGGAAUCAAGGACGGAAGUAAUUUUAUUAUACGAAAUUUGUUUUAAUUUGAUGUAAGAGUAAAAGAGGCUAGAUAUAUAUAGCAUCAGUUUUAAUUAUUAAAAAGAUCAUAUGUUGUUAUUGAUUAUUGCAGUCCGAUAUAUUUUCUUGUCUAUCAGUUCUAAUCAAACGUCAAUUUGUCAAUUUGAGAUACAAAAUUGAAUUUUCAAAGCUAUAGACGUUUUUAUUGCAAAAAACAGUGCCCCAAAUUGUCUGAUGGCUUAAUGCAUAUGCACUUAAGUUGAUUAUUGUAUAAAAUCUGCGUAUUACAUUUCUUUUCAUAUGUUUUUAUUAAAAAUAAUUAGCAUAACUUUUUAUGAAAUGAACCUGUAACUUUUGUCAUGCAAAGUAACUGAAAAUGCAAAUAACAUUCUUGCUUUUUGGCCACAAAGUCUCAUAUAGUCAUGAACUGCCUUGCCAUGACAAAAAUGAUUAAAAAAACAAAUAUAGAGAUUCUCUCUUCGGCUUAGUUUCGCUCAAAAGACAAAACAAAUACUAUUAAAUUGAAUCUUCAUAUCACAUAUGAGUAGCGAGUAAAACUAAAAUAAGUUGCCGACAAAUUCAUCUAUAAAUAUAAAUAGUUGUGGAAACUUUAUACGACUCGAAAACGCCGUUAUUAUAAACCGUUUAUUAUGUGUAAUUCAAAACAUAAUAAACGGUUAUUGGAUUCAUAUAGGAAAUCAGUUAAGACUUAAAAUUAUAAGUCUGUAAAUGUUAAAUGACUGGUAGUAUAGAAACGAGUGUUCCAACUAUGUUUUUAACAAGAGGCAAUGCCAAUGUUUUUCAAUGUCGUUAGCAACCCUUUUAAUGUAUCUGGCGGUUGAGAAACACAAAAUAAUAGUUAAAUAUUGUCAAUUUAAAUACAAUUAUCAGACAUUGAAUAUUGAUGCUGUAGAAUUGACGCCAUAUUUAUUAUACUGAGUAUGAACAGUGGUGUCGUAUGUACUACCAAUACUAGAGGUGUCGUACUUUUCCACCCCUUUCAGUGCGUUUUCUGAAAGUUUUUUGGAUAUACAGUUCAUUUACUAGAAUAUCAAACCUCCAUUCUAACGAUUUAAUUUUUCUUCCAAUGUUUUGCUUAUAUCUUAGAUAAAAGGAACGUUGAAUAAAGGGGGGAAGGGAAGCUGACUGGUGGUUGUUCAACGUGUCUUCCAAUGUCUCUCUGCAUGUUUAGGAAUGCUCGGAAUUGUUGGAACAACCUUGCAACAAGUCUGAUAAUAUCAACAAGGUUGUUACAACUGUAGGGGUCAGCCGGGGUGGGGGGGGGAGGGGGUCGUGGUAUCCUGAAUACCGGCUGAUAAAUAUGGAUAAAAAUACCUAUUAUUACGGUCAAAAUGUUAAAAAAUACCUAAAGCAGCCAGAAGCUGUAUACCUAAUACCCCAAAUUAGUCAUAACAUUUAAGUAAAUAUACAGUAUAUACUCGAAUUAAAUACCCAUUAGAUCCUGUAUACCCAAAACCCCAUGGCCGACCCUAAACUGUUAAGACGUUGUUCCAUAUUUGUUGACUAAACGUGGGACAAGCAGUGCGAGCACAUCUUAAUAUUGACGGCUAGUUGGAUUUUUGCGUGUGUAUAACAAAUUCCAAACUUCCGCUAUAGAACCAGCAGUUUCAAGAUGUACAAUCAGGGAUCGGACAAAGAGACGAUUAACAUGAGUUCUACUACCCCUUAUCCCCAACCUGACAAUCAGGACGCUCCAAUGACCCCACCUGGAUACCCCGCACUCCAACGACACACAAGUGAGGGUGGGUUGUACCCCCCUCCACAGCCAAGUGAAGGUGUCUUUCCCUUUCCACAGCCAAGUGGGGGUGCCUACCCCCCUUCACAGCCAAGUAAGGGUGCCUACCCCCCUCCACAGCCAAGUGGGGGUGGCUACCCCCCUCCAGGUGCCUACACCUCAUUUCCCGUCCAGCAACAACCAACAAACACCGUGCACAACACGAAUACAACAGUUGUAAUACAACAGCAACCUGCAGCGAUGGUUGUCCAGGGACCACGAGGAUGGAGUACUGGAAUGUGUGCUUGUUUUGAUGAAUGUGGAGUUUGUAAGUCAGGGGGGAGAGGGACGGGUCAAAGGGGGAAAUGUCCGGGAACUCUGAACUACGAAAGGACCAAACAAAAUUGGAUCAUAUAGUAAAAGUACCACGUCUUCUUAAGGGGCUGUUCACAUGAUCCCUGUUUGCUGGGAUUGGAUGGAAGGUGGGAUGAUUUUGAUGUAUCGAAAUAAAUACUAGGCUUUUAAACGAAUAAAUCAUCCCGCCUCACAUCUCGUUUCGGCAAAGCAGGAUUAUAUAAACAACCCCUAAAAGAACCGUGUUGAAAGUUCUUUUUGAAAAUCAUUGCAAGCAAUUACAAUCAUCUUGAAAACGUUUCCUCAAUAGAAAUGACAACAAACAAAAAACGUUUGUCGUGUCUUCUGUCCGAGUAAGAUGUCCACGAUUUAAAAGAAUUUACCAUUAUUUCAUACACUGACAUCACUUUAAUAUAUAUAUACAUGAAUUUGUGGUCAGAGCUCGACAAUUGAACUCUGUAGCUCAGUUGGUUAGAGCACUGCACCGGAAUCGCAGGGCUGCAGGUUCGAUUCCUGCCAGGAACCUAUAGUUGCAUUUUUCGCAACCAUUUUCGUUUCAAAUAUUCAUUAACAUUAUGUUCCAUCUAGCAAGAUAUCUAAGAUCUCGAAUAUUAGCAAUAUGUUGAACGCCAUUUGUUUUGAUUUCUCUCCCCAGGCCUCGUCGGCUUAUGUUCAUGUCUAUUUUGUCUGCCGUUCAUUGAAUGUCAGGUCAGCGGAGCUGCUAGGGAGUGUUGCUGUGUUGGAAUCUGCUGUCCUAUUGCUCUGCGAACAAAGAUACGAACAAGACAUAAUAUCCAGGUACUGAAAUGAUAUCCAGGAUGGCAUGCAUGAAGAACCAGGACCUCUUUUAACAUGCAAACUAGGGAGAUGUCUGUCCCUAGCCCCCGCGUUGCCCCUCCAGUAAACUAUGUUGCCUCCCCACCACCCACCCCCCCCCGUUUAAUAUUCUCAUGACCAUUGGGUGAUAAAUAUUUUUACCAAAUUCCCUUUUUUUGCUUUCUAGGGAGACAUUGUGGAGGACUGUUGUGCUAUAGCAUGCUGCUAUUACUGUGCCAUGUGCCAGAUGCAACGAGAAUUAAACACGCAUGGCAUAUAAAACAACCACAACUGUGAAAUAUUAACUCAUAUAACCAUUCAACAUAUUUUCUUACUUUGGUAUCCACAGACAGACAUGUGGCCGUAGAAAGUUUUUUAUUAUUAUUCAAGCGCCAUUUACAUGAGCAAAUUUUGUGUGACAUUUUUUUAUGACAAGUACAUUUACUAGCGUGGAUGAUCACCAGGGACGCUGGAACUGGGGGGGGGGGCAGGAGGGGCAGCCGCCCCCGUUGCCCUUUACCAGGAGUGGCAAGAGGGGCAAAGGUGCCCUUUCAAUUUAAAGGAUUGCCUUAGCGAAAUAGCGAAUUGUCAGAAAUGUUAGUGCAAUUCUUUAACGAAUUUGCUUCAGAAAACGCAAGAAAUGCAGUCAUCGAGCUUCAAGAAUAGCACAAUCGCCUGGCAGAGAACCCCCUCACACCCCUAUCAUCCAAUAAAUAGAAAACAUGAUUAGGCGAAGUUCAACUUCCAAUGUUUUGCAAACAUCUCUUAGUAUAUAUCAAUUCAAAAGUGCCCUUUCACAAAAAUCUGCCCCCCUUGCCUUCACAUCGUCCCGGCGUCCCUGAUGAUCACAAACACGUUUUUGGUCUUUAUGCUGAAAAUUGCUUUUAAUUUAACAGCGAUAACACAUGCACACAAAACAAGGCGAUAAUGCCACGAUUCUGUGACAAGUUAUACAUAGGAACAAACACUCGUAAUUGGCAAUUUUUCUUCCCCACAUAAAACGUGGCAGGCCAGUUUUAUUUGCAUUAUAAAAUCAGGCCAGUUUCAUUUGUUAUAUAAAAUCAGGGCAAACUUUCUAAUGUAUACACGAGCAAAUAAAACGAAUUGUCACAGAAAAAUUGUCACAGAAAAUUUGCUGGUGUGGACGAGGCGUUAGGGAACCCGGCUAGUGGGGAGCAAUCGUGUCACGACAAUUUUUUCCUGACCAUAAAAGAUCGUUCAAAGAAACUUUAUGCCGUUACUGGAAUCAAACUAAAACUCUUUCUCUGCCACUCUUGUCCAUGUUUAUUAUCUAGAUGUCUAUGUGUUGUUCUGUUACGUGUUUAGUCGAUCUGCAUGCAUAUGGCAAGGUUUAAUGACUUUAAUAAAUAAAUAAAUAAAUAAAUAAAUAAGCAAACUAAGCUAUUUCAACUCUGAAAACGUAAUUUUGGAUUAGCUGUCAGUUAUCAAAGCCGUGAUAUGAUC